AUGUUCCCAUUAAUACGGAGAAGUCAAAAAAAAACAGUUUGGAACCAAUUUACUACUUUUUGUACUGAGAGGGAAUACACAUUGAGUGCUGAAACGAGUGAAGCGCAAUUGGCAAACAUUAUGAAAGAUUACGCUUACAAUAUGAAGAAAAUGGAUGGAGAAACCUAUAAGGAAAGUACAAUAAAAACAAUGUGGAAUCAGACUGCCAAAUUACUUCAAGAAAAGUAUUUGAACGAUUUCGACAUCAAAAUCAACCCAUUUUCGGAUGCUGCAUUCAAGACCGCUCGAGGAGCUCGUGAUGCCAAGCGUAAGGCUUUACAAUCUAUUCCGGAAAAACGGAGGGCAAGUGCAGCAGCGUUGGAGGAAAAAGAUUGGGAUGCAAUGACCACUGUUUGGGACGAGGAAAUUCCUGAUGGCCUCCAGAAAAAAUUAUUCAUGAUAAUAUCAGUGGAAUUGGCUUGGAGAGGUGGUGAGGGCAGCAUGACGUCAAUACAUCACUUCAAGGCAGAACAGCGAAAUUACGGGGAAACAACUGGGAGAAUUGAAUACAAUCCAAUUUUCAGCAAGACCACACAAGGUGGUGAUAAAAAAUUAUCAGACAGCAAGUGGCUGGUGGAGAAUCGGGAAAUCCCUGACAAGACUGUUCCAGAAAUUGAGAGAGAAGAGAGAUGCCAAUAUCAAGAGCGACAGACUAUUCCUGACCCAAAAUCCAUUCUGGAAUAA